AUGUCAAAAGCCGCCUCCAACAAGAAGCCUUCUGAAAGCUAUUGGCGAGGAAGUGUCGGUGACGAAAUUUCCAAUUUUACUCUGCUUCUACCUAGUUGUCAUCUGCCCCCUUGCUUGGAUGGAUUAGGCAGCCCGGCAACUUCAGUCCCCUUUACUGAUGCACAUCAACAGGAAAGUGUCAUUCCCCUCUAUCCGCUGGCGGCCACCGGCGAAUCUAUUUUCUAUGAAUUCUGGACUUCAUCGUGGCGGCGCAUAUUGUCGGGUGGUUGCAGCGCUCAGGCAUGA